UGCUUGCUGUGGAGGGCGGGAGGGAUGGCAUCGCCGUGGAGGGUGCUGGGCAUCACCGCGGAAGGUGCCGGGCAUCGCUAAGCCCGGGCUCAGGGUUCGGCCUUGCUCCCCAGCCAUGCUGCUGUUCCCGCUGCUCCUGGAGGCCACCCUGCUGCGUCUGGCCAGCGGCUCCCACCACCCCUUCUACAAUGGCUUCUACUACAACCACAUCAUGAACGACAAGGGCAGUGGGCAGGAAAAAGUGGUUUACUUUAACGGAGCCAAACUGGUUGUGGAGACUCCCAAAGACCCUGUCUACAGCUCCAGUGGUGCCAACGUCACCCUGCCCUGCCACUACCACUAUGAGCCUGACAUGGAAGGCAAGCUCAAGAUCCGCAUCAAGUGGUCCAAGCUGCGGGAUGACUACACCAAGGAGCAGGAUGUGCUGGUAGCCAUUGGCAAGACCUACAUGGCCUUUGGGGACUUCCGCGGCCGCGCUCACCUCCACCAGGCCAGCCGGCGCGAGGCCUCGCUGGUCGUCAGCGAUGUGCGCUUGCAGGAUGAUGGUAAAUACCGCUGCGAGGUCAUCGAUGGGCUGGAGGACGAGAGCAACGUGGUGGACCUCCGGCUGCAAGGCGUCGUGUUCCCCUACCAGCCUCCCCGCGGGCAGUACAGGCUCAACUUCCAUGAAGCCGAGCGAGCGUGCCAGGAGCAGGGCGCCAUCCUCGCCACCUUCUACCAGCUCUUCCAGGCCUGGACCGAGGGACUGGACUGGUGCAACGCGGGCUGGCUGGCUGAUGGCACCGUGCAUUACCCCAUCCGCCUGCCCCGCAAGCCCUGCGGCGGGUUGCACCUCGCCCCGGGCAUCCGCAGCUACGGCCCACGCCACCGGCACCUGAACCGCUUUGAUGCCUUCUGCUUCUCCUCCGCGCUCAGAGGAGAGGUUUUCUACCUGGACCAUCCAUCUGGGAUGACACUGGAGGAGGCCAAGCAGAGCUGCCAGGACGUGGGGGCCGAGAUCGCCCGGGUGGGGCAGCUCUACUCUGCCUGGAAGUUCCUGGGGCUGGACCGCUGCGAUGCCGGCUGGCUGGCGGAUGGCAGCGUCCGCUACCCCAUCGCCAAGCCCCGGGCCAACUGUGGCCCUGCAGAGCCUGGUGUCCGCAGCUUCGGCUUCCCCAGCAAGGGCAGGUUUGGGGUCUUCUGCUACAAGGAGAGAUAAGGAGCCAGGUGGGCUCCUUCUUGGCCAGAGGAUGUUUCCAGCCUGACAGUGCCUGGCAUCGGGUAUUUCC